AUGCACGUGCCCCAAGGCGGCCUCGUCGCGCCAACUGCCACUGUCAGCUCGUCGGACGACAGCGAGGACGAGGCCGACUCGGAGGGCGAGCGCAAGAUCGACACGCUGGGGCAGCUGCUGGGCGGGCGCGAAUUCAUCUGCCCAGUGGUGACGUCGCCGUUCCGCAGCAACCCACGGCGCCAGUACAUCCUGACGAUGGACUGCUGCCGCUUCACGGGCGCGCGCGACUCGUACAUGCUGUUCAAGCAGCACCCGCGUAUGCGGCGCGUCGAGACAACGCAGCGCGAGCGCGACAUGCUGGCCGACAGGCGGCUGAUCCCAAAAGUAACGCGGUUCCGGCCGAUCGCCAUGAUCACGGCGCGCACGGCCUUCCGCGAGUUUGGCGCGCGCAUCGUCAAGAACGGCCGCUACGUCACCGAUGACUACUGG